CAUAAUCCCCGGGUCCCGGUUUUGGCUAUUGGCGCCAUCCUUCCUGUUCCUUUCCUCCCUCGCUUCCCCGUCAUGUAUCCCUCCGUCCCUCGAACCAUCUAGACCCCGUCAAUCGCAGACCGUGUGACCGACCGAUUAGACUUCCCAUCUCACCACUCCACUCCCGCUAGAUCGAUGGACGAAGAAACGAGGCCCGCUGCGUGUCCUGAGCCUCCGCCGCUCCCUUACUCCUUGCGCACGAGAAAGAAGUCCAUCGCUAUCUUCUGGACGGUGUUUGUUAUCGAUACUCUGGCCCAGCCGCUCGUCCUAUACUGGGCGCUCUGGUAUGCCACGGAUCUCUCGCAUAACGUCGUCUUUAGUAUCGUGACGGCUUCGUUAGGAGGAGUUUCGGUAUUCGAAUAUUUCUAUCGUCUCUACCACCUGUUCCGAAAGGAUUCACGAGCCCGGCCAUUGAAUGCUAGGAAGGGAUGGCUGGAUUUCUUCCAUAUCAACUUCACCCUCGUCUGGUUGAUCCUGGCGGUCGAGCUGAUUGUUGGAACCGUUCCUGAAGAGCCAUAUGUGCGUCUAGUCGCCAUGGUCCUUCCGACAGUGAUGUUCUACUUCGGCAGCGUGUUCCUAGCCCUCGAUAUCCUCCGUGCCUGCGGUGUCAAAGCGCCCUUUCGAAUUUCCUCCACACCCAAAGGCUCAACAAUGCCCACAGCCCUAUACGUUCUUAUCGAAGAUGUGGUGGCGGUUGAUGGAGGCGGUGGUCAGAUCUAUCGAUAUGCUCUUCGCACCCGGUACCUGUCCAGCCCGUACUUUCGGCGAAUGCUCUUCCAGAUGAAUUGUUUCUGGGCUGGGGGAUCCGUCGUGGUCGCUGCUGCUAUCACGGCGAUCGUCUUUACCGUCUCACAGCCAGUUGCAUACACUCUGGGAUGGACGUUACCGUUUGCCUGGGCUGGGCUCUGGACACUAAUCACGAUACCAUGGGUCCAAAGCGAUCUUCGUCGCGAGAAAGAAUGCUGGAAGGAGAACCGAGGCCAAGGGGGCAUUCCGUACACCGAUGACCCGAAUGCGCCCAGUGGUGCUCGGACCAGGCUCGAGGCUAUUGAGGAUCAUCUGCCAAGUUUCAUGCCCUGGUUCCGAGAGAAGCAGGCUCCUCCGUCUACCCCAUCGAGCUGAGCAUGUCAGUCAAGUCACCCUAUCGAUUGCAACGUCUGGAACCCAUCAAUCCACCAAUGAUCCAUGUGGGUACGCGACUCUGCCAAGAUACAGGGUGGCAACUGACGUUCAUCGCAUGAUGAAACACGAAAAUUUAAUAUGAUGAAUGCUUCUAACGGCUAGCGCCAGAUGUACUAUACACUGAUACCCUUCCUUCUGUUCACCACUGGCUCCUUCUUUUCCUGCCUUGUGGUUUCUGGCUUCUCGUGAUGCAUGGCCAUCACAUACACGUUAAUCUUGUUGAUUGCAUCAUAACUGGGGCUAUGAUCUUGGCGUUGACAUCAUUUGUUGCAGCUCACAUAGAUAGAUUCGGGGUUGGAUAGAUACUGGUGAUACCUAUCAAUGAAACCUUUCUCAUCUUCAUCAUGCU